AUGGUCCUGCGUAGCACCGUGCAGCCGCCCAUCCGCGUUGUCCGCGAGUUUAGUAACCUCGCCACACCGGCUUACCACGACGCUUCUUCAGACAUGUCUGCCACGUCCAGCCCUCCGAUCGAAUCCGACGGCCCAGAUUCCUUUUUCCAGGCGCAAUCUACAGCGACGGCCGUCCUAGAUCGGCCCGUGCCAGCCGGCACGCCGCCGUUCGUAGCGCGGGUGGCGGUGGUGCCGUCCCCGGCGAGCAGCUCCGUGGCGGUGGAGGCGCCGCCGCGCCACACGUCGUCGAAGUACGACUUUGUCAAGCUGUUCUUGGAGCAGGUGCGCGUGUGGCUGGGGGAGAACGACGACCAUUACUACGUGCUGUCGAGAUUCCUUAUAGCGAGGAUGCUCACUGUCACACGCAUGCCACAUGUGGUGGCCACUAAGGUGGCGUUGGAGUUGAAGAAGCUGCUGGUGGACCACGGGCUGCUGGACGUCAGUCAGGGCGACCUCGAGCGCAACCUCUUUGCUCUCAUGCGCCGCCGUGGCUACGGGGAUGACUACGUCGGCCGCUACCGCAUGAUGACCAGCUUCUACCACCGGCGCAUACCGCUGGUGAUAUUCAUAACGGGGCUGCCCUGCACCGGCAAGUCGUCCGUGGCCUCGCUGCUCGCACAGCGCCUCAACCUCCCCAACGUCCUGCAGACGGACGUGGUAUACGAGCUGCUGCAGGGCAUGCCGGAGUCGCCGCUGCACGCGCUGCCGCUGUGGGCGCGCACGGACCUGCAGGCGGAGGACGAGGUGGUGGCGGAGUUCUGCCGCGAGUGCAAGAUCAUCCGCAAGGGGCUGGAGGGCGAUUUGAGCAAGGCGCUGAGGGAGGGCAAGCCCGUGAUCAUCGAGCCAGACGCCGCGCCUUCUGCUGCUUGGGGAAAAAGCACUGACAGUGGCGGCGGGGGUGGGGGGAAAGGAGAGGUGGGGUGUGGCAGGGAGGCGGGCGCCGAUGACCCGAUGGAGGUGGAGGGUAGCGAGCAACGGCAGCGUCGGGGUGUGCAGGGCGGGGAGGGGUGGCAGCAUGGACGAGGACAAGGGGGAGGAGUGGUGAUGUUGGACGAGGAGUUACGGGGCAGGGAUGAGUGUGGGGGAAGAGGGGAUGGGGAGCAGAGACAUGGAGCUGGUGAAGGCGAGGUGGGGGGGAGAUUCGGUGAGGGGAGAGGGAGGGCACAGGCAUUGGGGACAAUGGAAAGCGAGGGGAAGCACUCGCCCAGUAGUCCUGCCACAGGGGGUGCAGCAGCGGGUAAAGGCCCGUUGCACACGGCGAAAGCAGAAGCAGCAGCGGUGUCAGGAGAGGCGACAAAGAGGUUGCGCCCCAUUGUCGUUCCCAUUGUGCUGCACAUGCACCCAGCUGACCACAAGGUGCUUCUUUCUGAGUGGAUUGCAUCGAAUGCACCCAAUGCUGCCCUGCUCUCUCAGGUGCCCAUGGAGGCCCUAAUGUCUCGCAUGCAUGCUGUGCAGAGGUACCUUACCUCCUUCCGCUCCCAGGGAGUGCACGUGGCGGACAUCUCCUCCACCUCCUUCCCUCGCACCAUAGACAACCUGCAUGCACACCUGCUGGCGUGCAUAGAACAGCGCUGCCGGGAGGAUGGCUGGGGCACACAGGGGGACGAGCAGCAAUGA